AUGGUUGAGCGUUUCCACCGCCAGCUAAAAGCUGCACUGCGUGCCGCAAGAGAUCCCGAAAACUGGUCAGACAAUGUACCCGUUGCACUUCUUGACAUUCUUGCGGCACUGAAGUCAGGCUUGGACUGCAGCGCAGCCGAAUUGGUUUUCGGCACUACCCUCCGACUCCCUGGUGAGAUGGUCACCCCAACCUUUCGUGGUGCCGAAGAGAUCCCCGAAAAUUGUGUGCAUCGUCUGCGAAAAUUCAUGCGCUCGCUUUCCCCGGUUCCACCUCGAGCUCCAUCGACCGAACCUUAUGUUGUAAAGGCUUAG